AUGGAGAACAAUCCAAAGAUACGAUCAUCAGAUUAUCUUCCUGAAGAUCUGAUCGCACAGAUUCUGGUGAACUUGCCGUCGAAAUCCGUAGUCAAGCUCAUCGUCGUCUCGAAACUCUGGUCUUCUAUAAUCCGCAGCAAAUCUUUCAUCGAUCUGUACUUGGAACGAUCCCUGACUCGUCCGUGUUUACUCUUCUCAUUCCAUCGUAUCAACCGCCGGUUCUUCCACUCAAUCUCUCAGGAAGCAAUCUCUGAGGAGGCAACACCGGAGUGUUCUUACACCAAUACAUCAAGCUUUCCUCUGAGUCUUGAUACGCGUCUCCCUCCACUAAGCUACAACGUUUGUACACCGGUACGCGGCUUGAUAUGCUGUCAAGAUUUGGAUGAUGUGGUGGUUUCGAAUCCUAGCACGGGCCAAUUCUUGGUUUUACCAAAACUCAACACUAAGAGAAAACAAAUAUCAAGAUUCUUCGGAUAUGAUCCCAUUGAAGAUGAAUACAAAGUCUUGUGCAUGACGGUAUUGCAAGUUUCUUAUGAUUACGGUCCCGUCGUGAGCGAAGAGCAUCAAGUUUUCACUCUAGGAGGAACAGAGAAGAAGAAAGAAGCAACGUGGAGAAUGAUCACAUGUAAGGCUCCACAUUGUCCUGCAACCGAAGGGAUAUGCAUUGACGGUGUUGUUUAUUACGGAGCUUGGCCCAACAGUAAAAACAGAGGAUCUCUAAUUGUGGGCUUUGAUGUGAGGUUGGAAGAGUUUACUCUUGUUAAAUUACCCGAUGGUGUCGAAAUUUAUUAUAGUCUUGAUUCUGAAUUGGUGAACUACCAGAGGAAGCUAGCUGUAGCGAAUCUCUCAUAUAGGGGUAAAUUUGAAUUGUGGGUUUUGGACAAACAAGAAUGGUCAAAGAUCUCAGUUAUGGUUCCUUCUUGGAAAUAUUUGUUUGGACGAGACUUGUUCCGUUGCAGAGGUGCCAUUAGUUCCGGCGAAUUCAUAUUCACACCAUUGCUUUCGGCUUGGGCGUCCGUUAUUAUCAGUUACGAUCGCAAGGAAGAGAUCGCCAGAAGAGUUGAGAUUGAAGGAGUUGAAGAUCGUGCGCAUUAUAUGAAAGUCUUCUUGGAUCAUGUAGAGUGUCCUAUACUUCUCUAA